AUAAUGUUCAAGAUAAUUUGAAAGAAACUAAUGAAGAUCAAGACACUAAUACUAGUAAUAAUGUAAUUAAUUCAGAUCAAGAUAAUUUAGAACACCAAGACACCAAUACUAGUAAUAGUGCAAUUAAUUCUAAUCAAGAUAAUUUAGGAGAAACUGAUGAUACUAAUACUAGUAAUAAUAUAAUUAAUUCUAAUCAAGAUAAUUUAGAAGAAACUAGAGAAUACUAUGAAACUACACCAUCAGAAACAGGAAAUAUUUAA